UAUAGGCUGGUAUGACUCCUGGAACCCAUCUGAUUGGAACAUUGGUACUCACAGGGGUUCAUCAGUGGUGUGUGCUCACCUAAUCGAAUUUCACUGCAAGCGCUGUGUGCCUUAUCCUACAUACGUGAUUUCAUAAUUGUCACCACCAGAAGACGUUCCCGAACUACAAUGGCGGCUUUGGUCACACUAUUUACCAUGCCGGUUAUAUCGCUCAUCUUUCUGUCCAUCUCAGCCAUGUCCAUCACAGUUAUCUCACUUGUUCCAGUUUACAUGAGGCUUUUGCGUCAUAUACCCGCGGUACUACGCAUGUGCCAAGGUAUCACUUCAGGCCUGUCAAUAACCACAGCGGUACUAUCUGCCGGGUUGAAGUUAGAGAAGGUUUCGUGCCAGGCCGUGUUAUCUCUUGAAGUGUAUUUCUUGACGUCAUCCCUGGUGUGGUUCAUACUGGAUAAUAUCGACAUUACUCUGAUGACACUGAAUAAACCAGUAACAACGUGGAAGGCAUUUGGAAUCGCUAUGGCCGUCGGCUGGGGUGUGGGUUUGCUGCCGGUAAUAGUUGUACUCUCCACUGCGUCAGCUGACCUAGGCCUCGGGGAAGGAGGAUGCUGGUUCAGGGGUCAGUCCCAUUGGUCGCUGGCUGGUGUGCUUUACGCAGCAACAGUGAUCGAGUUGGUUAGCCUAAACAUCUCGAUGUUCGCCUUACUGAAGAAACGGAAACAAGAACCUGAUUUGAGAAUGUUGCCAGAGAAAAAGUCAAGGCUGUUGACCAGUGCGGCCACCUAUACCACGUGGACCAUUGCCAACUGUAUUGGCAGUCUGGCAUUUUCAUCACAAAGUGACAUCAUCUUUUACAUCUAUGGUGCCUUGACUCUUGUGUAUGCACUGAUACAUGGAGGAUUGUUUGUUCUGGGCGAGUACAAGGUCAACGGUCGACUGAGUGUGGUGUACAGACUACUGAAGCUUCAACCGGUCCCAGCGGAUAGGCCCUCCGAACGAUCACUUCCCAGGCCCGGGACUUCACAACCUUCAAGGCCAAACCAGCCAUCGCCUCGGGAAGUGUGCCGUGUCCCUCCGCUGUCAAAGGAAGGUCCAAAGUUAGGAGCCGUGUAUCGCCGCACAGAGUCGGAGAAACAGUUUGACAUGAAACUGUGAAGUGGUCUAAAGACUUGAAUAAGCUACAUCCCCGAAUAAAAUGGACAAUCAUAUCAGUAACCAUAGUAUCUGUAGGCAAGGCAAAGGCAAUUCUACCAGCAUCUUGGAAUCCAGGGGUUGCCUUUGAAGUUUAAGAUAGUUGAGGAACUAUCUUUUUUGUCUGUUAAACAUAUUGACACCUCGAAACUCAGCACCUGUAUGGCAAAGAAUAAAACCAACUUUGUUGUGCUUGUUGUUCACAAAAGACUUAAAAUCAAAAGUUAAA